GAAGGGCUCUCUCAUUCAACGCUGACUGACAAGGCGAGGCGCAGACGCCCUCCGUAGUCAUAGGUCGAAUGAGUAUAUCAGGAUGAAUGAUCUUGACCGUUCUGCUCGAAGGUGCCCUAACGAUGGAGCCUGCGCUGCCAUGCCCUCUCUGCAGAAGCGAUAUAGCACAGCUCAAGAAUAUCAUUAUGCACACAGGUGUCGACUUCCUCUUCUACGGAAUACAGGCAGGUCUUUUCGUGGCCGCCUUGUCUCUCCUAGCUCGUCGUUCAAGCCGCAUGCAUAUCCUUGCGAUGACGAUUAUCAUCCUCUUCCUUCUAUCGACAAUUAGCGUCACCCUUGGUGUGCUGUUCUAUGUUAUGCAGUUCCCUACGGGGUACGGCGGUACGAUUGCGGACUUGACAGACUUCUUGGAUCGCCUCAUUGUCGUACUAGCAGUGGCCGCGCGACUGAAUUAUUUGAUCAGCGAUGGCGUCGUGGUCUGGCGAGCCUGGACGAUAUGGAUCGACAACCGCUAUGCAAAAGUUGUCUUGUUGGCCUGUAUGUGCGGAAGCACUAUUGGAAGCGCCGUGGAAUGUACUUGGUCCCUACAGAGCACUCGGAGAGGCCAGGAAGAAUCCGCAACGCGAACACUGAUGUUGACCGUUCCUUUGCUCGUUACGAAUAUCGUCUCGACCGCCUUCGUGGCCAUUCGUGUUUGGCUAUACCGACGCGAUAUCAAGGCUUCGCUGAGCCCAUAUAUCCGCCCGACAUCCGUAGAGAAGGUGCUUCUCCUGCUUCUGGAGUCCGGGUGCUUCUAUUGUUUAAUUUGGGUCGUCAACCUCCUCGUCAGGAUGACCCAGGGCGUCGACACGCUCGGAGUGUAUGGCGUCGUCAGCGUCGCCUACCACGCCAUACCUGGCAUACACUCGACGUUCAUGAUACUUGCCGUCGCCAUGCAGAGGCGGUCGCCGAUGCAGUCAAUCCUGGACUCGAUGCCUCUCCAUUCGCUCGACUUUGCGUGCUCGCGAGAAGACCAGGACUUGACGGGAGCGGGAGCCAGCUUGACAGACCACGGCCACCCGUCCAUUUGAACUUGAUGUAACUAUCGACGCGAUCAACAGCAUCAUGGGAGUUAGCAUCAGAGUUUGCAUGCGGC